CAGCUUCCUUCCCGGCCUGCCUCGCGCCGGUCGCCGGGCUGGGCCAGAGCAGCCAAGAUGGCCGACUUCGAGGAUCGGGUGUCGGAUGAGGAGAAGGUACGCAUAGCUGCUAAAUUUAUCACUCAUGCACCCCCUGGGGAGUUUAAUGAAGUAUUCAAUGAUGUCCGGCUACUACUUAAUAAUGACAAUCUCCUCAGGGAAGGGGCAGCACAUGCAUUUGCUCAGUAUAACAUGGAUCAGUUCACACCUGUGAAGAUAGAAGGCUAUGAUGACCAGGUCUUAAUUACAGAGCACGGCGACCUUGGUAACAGCAGAUUUUUAGAUCCAAGACACAAAAUUUCCUUUAAGUUUGAUCAUUUACGGAAAGAAGCGAGUGACCCCCAGCCAGAAGAUGUGGACGGAGGCUUGAAGUCUUGGAGAGAAUCCUGUGACAGUGCUUUAAGAGCCUAUGUGAAAGAGCAUUAUUCCAACGGCUUCUCUACUGUUUAUGCUAAAACUAUAGAUGGGCAACAGACCAUUAUUGCAUGUAUUGAAAGCCACCAGUUUCAACCCAAAAACUUCUGGAAUGGUCGUUGGAGGUCAGAGUGGAAGUUCACCAUCACACCACCUACAGCCCAGGUGGUUGGAGUGCUCAAGAUUCAGGUUCAUUACUAUGAAGAUGGCAAUGUUCAGUUGGUCAGUCAUAAAGAUGUACAGGAUUCAGUCACUGUUUCUAAUGAAGUCCAAACUGCCAAGGAGUUUAUUAAAAUCAUAGAGAGUGCAGAAAAUGAAUAUCAGACAGCAAUUAGUGAAAACUAUCAGACAAUGUCAGACACCACGUUCAAGGCCUUGCGCCGGCAGCUUCCAGUUACCCGCACCAAAAUCGACUGGAACAAGAUACUCAGUUACAAGAUUGGCAAAGAAAUGCAAAAUGCUUAAAGACCAACUGUAGGAGUCUCCAGUACAAAGAAAGAAAAGGAUUCAACAUGGUGUGGUCAUAUGAUCAAUAAGUGAUUUAUAAACAAACAAGAGUGAUAUUUUGCUAGUUAACAAAGUUAACAGAUCUUCUAGCCUCAUGGAAUACUGUUGAGCCUACAGCACUGUCUUGAUUCUUUUGUGUGUGUGUGUUCUCUGCUUUGUAAUUUUCUGUUAUCACUAUAUCUACUUGUAAAUGCUUUUUUUUUAAUUCUGCUACAUUUAAUGUCAAAGAGAUCUAUCCUGAAGUCAUUUUACUGUUUAGAAAAUUUCCUAGACAUGACGUCCUGUUGCUGGUUUUUACAGAGUAUUUGGUCAGUACUUUUUACCCCAUGCUUUAAAGCAAUUCCAGUGCUUCAGUGGCUUUUCCUGAUCCACCAGUUGCUAAAGAGGCUAUGUUAUGAACUGUAACUAAGUGGACGACACACUCCUCUGUCUGACUGCUUUGAUUGUUUAUAGCAUCUCACAAUUAUAGUUUUCAUACAUUUGGAUUGGGGCUUUUUGGGUCCAUGUUAGGAGGCAAAGGAAGUUUCUUGAAUAUUCCAUGGCAGCAGCUUCUCUGGGAACUUAUUUUUAAAUCCAAAGACUUGAACCACAUCCCCUGCACAUGAACGUUUAUUUUCAUUCUCUCGUCUCCUCCCAUAUACUUCCAUUGUAGCCAUAGAUGUCUGCAGGAAGUGCAGCUUAGAGAAUGCAUUGGGGGAAACCAGGAUUGUCAGUCAAUCACAUGGCCCUAUUUUCUUUAAUGGGAAGAAAUGCCUGAUCACCUGGAAUGAUGGAAUGACAGGAUCAAACAACCUGGUGAUCCUUUGCUAUUCU